CAAUGGACGGGCCGCCGCGACCUCAGGCUGCCCGUAGAGGGGGAUCCUGAGGGUCCUCCGAGUCGCUUGGCCUUGCGCUCUCUCACUUUUCAGUUGCCGUGCCAGCCAACCUCGAGGAUGAGCUCGGCCUGGUCCACCUCGUUCGAGAAGGAGCAUCUGUGGAUGUAUCUGCAGGCGCUCGGCUUCGAGCCAGGCCCGGCGACCGUUGCCUGCGGAAAGAUCGUGUCGCACACGUACCUCGGAGUGAACAUGUUUGACAAGCUGAACCGUGAUGCCUUUCAAAUAGUUUGUUAUUUUUUGUUUCAAACACUGGACCAGUCUCUCACCAAGGAAGUUUUCAAAUUUUGCUGGCCUCCGUUUGACCAAAAAAGUGAUACUGAAUUUCGGAAACAUUGCUGUGAAUGGUUAAAAAAGAUCUCUGCUGAAUGUGGAAGUAGCUUUCCUCAAGUUGUUGGUUCAUUAUUUCUUUCUCCUGGUGGUCCUAAGUUUAUUCAUCUGAUGUAUCACUUUGCAAGAUUUGUUGCGAUAAAAUAUAUUAAAACCAAUUCUAAAAAUUCUUCUCUACAUUUUACAGAGACAUUUAAUGUAAAGCCACAAGAUUUGCACAAAUGCAUUGCCAGAUGCCACAUAGCACGUAACAGAUUUUUACAAAUUUUGCAAAGAGAAGAUUUUGUUACCCAAAAAUAUCAGGAAAAUGCACAGAGCAUGCAGUGUGUGCAGCAGCCAACGAUGCCUCCCUCUUUCUGCCAGGCCGCCAACUGGAAGCCCGCCAACUGCAUCCCGUCUCUAGCCCACAAGGGGCUGUUGCACUGUGUUCGGUCUUUGUGGGCUUCAGUGAAUGAAACACUCACGUUUUUGGAAAAAGAGAGAGAAGUUGUUAGUUCAGUCCUCAGUCUUGUUAACCAGUAUACUUUAGAUGGAACUGAUGUUGUUAUUAAUAUUCCAAGGCUGUUACUUGACAAAAUUGAGAAACAGAUGUGUCAGUUGCACAUAGGAAAUGUUUAUGAGGCUGGAAAAUUGAACCUCUUAACAGUUAUUCAGUUAUUAAAUGAAGUCUUGAAAGUAAUGAAACAUGAACGUUGUCAGGCUGACCAAGCAAGAUUGACAAUAGACCUUCACUACCUUGAAAAAGAGACCAAAUUUCAGAGGGAAAGAUUAUCAGAUCUGAAGCAUAUGAGGUAUAAAAUUAAAGAAGAUCUCACAACUAUAAGACAUUCUGUAGUUGAAAAGCAAGGAGAAUGGCAUAAAAAGUGGAAAGAAUUUCUUGGUCUUUCUCCUUUCAGUCUAAUUAAAGGCUCAACUCCAGCUGUGGAUCUUUUACCACCUAUGUCUCCCCUUUCAUUUGAUCCUGCUUCAGAAGAAAUAUAUGCAAGGAGUAUUUUUGUUCAGUAUCCUGCUUCACUUCCAGAUAUACCUAAGCAAUAUAACCAAGAAAAUGGUUGCAGAAAAGAUAAUGAUACCCUGGGAACAGUACGUGAUUUAGCCAACAGCCCUGCCUCUUUCCUGUUGCAACCAGCUUCAUCUUCAGAUAGAAACAGUGUUACACUACUUGAAAAGGACAUAGAAAUGAGAACUCCCAAAGAGAAAAACAAGACCAUUUCUAAGAAAAUAUCAGAAUUUGAAGCAGAAGACUCUCUAUCAUCAGAUAUUGCACAGAAUAUAGAGAAUAGUACAUUUGGAGGGUCUCUACCAGCCAAAAAGAGUGAUCCAUUCCAAAAAGAGCAAGAUCAUCUGGUAGAAGAGGUUGCCAGGGCAGUUUUAUCUGAUUCACCACAGCUCUCUGAAGGAAAUGAAGUAAAAUUAGAGGAACUAAUUGACUCUCUGGUAUCUAAUCCCUUCUUAACAAGGAAACAAAUUCCCCGUACUCCAGAAAACUUGAUAACUGAAAUUAGGAGCUCAUGGAGAAAAGCUGUUGAAAUGGAAGAUAACAGGACAAAACCAAUUCAAGUGGAUACUGAACGUAGAGAAGUAUUGCCAGAAUCCUUACCUGUGUUACAUAAUCAAAGAGAAUUUAGCAUGGCCAGUUUUCUCUCAGCAACCACUGAAUCAGAUCUUUGCCAUUCUCAUUUGCCUGAAGAGAAAGUUGUUUCAGACUGCCUUAAGUGUGUGCCUCAGAAACAUGUGGUGACCAGUCACACAGGUGAACCACCAACACAAAGUCAGUCAGAUUUGCUAAAUAAGGAUAUAAUUUGCAAGCAAGAUUUGGAAUAUACAGCUUUACCAACCCAGCUUUCAGAACCUAGCCAAACAGAGACAUUCUUCCCUGCUGUAGGCAAUAGUAUAAAUGUGGUGGGUAGCAGUGAAGAGUAUAUUAAAAUAUUGGACCACUCACAAGCUUCUCAUAAGGAGCCUUCCACGCAUACAACUAUGUUAUGGGACUCAUUUCAGAUAUCAAGUGGAAUUAGUUCUAAGAGUUUUAAGGAUAUUGAUUUUGGCAUAUUACAUGAAACUCUUCCAGAAGUUGGUCACCUAAGUCUGAAUAGCUCCAGUAGUUCAGAGGCCAAUUUUAAACUGGAACCAAAUAGUCCUGUGCACAGUGGCAUUUUUCCAGAAGAUGUUGUGGGAGAAAGACAUAAUACUCCAGAAUCAGACUUCAAUUUAAAUGCUACUUACAGUAGGUAUGAGGCUCUGAAGAAAUCUCUUUCCAAGAAAAGGGAAGCAUCUUACAUCUCUAAUCUUGAAACACUUGAAAGACAUGAACCAGAAUUGAGCCCUACUCCCCAAAACAUGGAAACAGAUGAUAUGCUUAACUUUUUGGAUACACAUGAUUUGCACAUUGACCAUACAAAAUCAUCUUUACGCACAUCCCUUGGGGAAAGAAAACGUUCUCUUUCACCCCUAAUUAAGUUUUCUCCAGUGGAGCAAAGAUUGAGGACCACAGUACCGUGUAAUCUUGGAGAACUUCUACCUAAUUUAAAAGAAGACGACAUGUUGAAUAAGAGCCUUGGUGUAAACGACUCUCCAUCUGAUUUGACAAGAUCAAGCAGUACCCAGUUAAUUUGAUUAUGAUGCACUUAAAUCAAAGCUAUGUCACAGGAUAGAAACUGAUUUACAACUUAAAUACACGUUAGAAGUGUAGCACUCUUUCAAGGUCUAAAAAAUCCUUAAUGCCUUUUAGCCUCCUGUAAUGUUUUUAGGUAAGGAAAGUAUGUUUGGGUUUUUUCUAUUUAUAGGGAUAUGGGAUUUAAAUGUAAAGUAUUUUGAAAGCAAAUAUCAAGUUUUGGGAAGCCAUUUUGAUUUCUUGAAUACUCUUGUAAGCAUUAAGUAAAUGAUAAAAGUAGUAGUUUAUUGUGCUAAAAUUUCAGAUAAUUAACAUAAGGAUGAGUACUGUUUGCUAUACUUUCACUAAGUGGUUAAUAUUAUAGCCAUUGAAUAUACUGAACUUUCAUUUUAGAAAAAUAUAUAACUUCUAUUGUUUCUUUAUGGAACAUUCUGGUACUAACCAAAAAAAGUAAGAAAAGUAGUACCUUGGGAUGUGUAGUCAAGAUGACAGAUUUUAAGACUGGGAAAGCUGUAAACAGGCUUGAUGAUUAUCCAAGUAGAUUGUUCCUGAGAAAUGAUGUUUGAUGGAAUAAAGUGCAUGUGAUGAUAAGUGAAGACUGGGGCAGAAUGAUUUAAAAAAAGAAAAAAGAUGGAAGAAGAUGACUAGCCACUUUUAAGGAACACUGUCAAACUAUAAAUCCAUUCAGUGGAUUGUAUAAUAGGUUUAUAUUUAGUCUAAUUUAGACUUUGAGAAUUUGAUUCUAGUUAUAUAUUUUAACAAAAAUAUAAAUUAAAAAAAUUCAUUAGUGUUUUAUUGAUGUUGGCUUUUUGGAGGGGUGGGGUGGGUUGCUGUUUUGGGGAUAGGAGGUAGUUUUGAUUGUUACUUUACUACUCAAAAACCAUUGAAGUUUGCCAGUGCUUACAGAAUAGCCCCAGAAUAACUUGAGAAAACUGAACUUGGGGUUAAAUAACUUGUAACACUUGUACAGUCUUCUGCCUCAUUCUGUCGGGCCCCCUGGCCCAGAAACGGCUUGUCUGUAGCAUCCAAGUGAACGUACGCCAUUGCCCUCUGUGAACCAGGAGCAGUGGAACAGGCACCAGAAGAGUGAUAGCACCUAUAGUACCCUCUAUAGGGCCCCAACUCAUAACCUUCAAACCCUGUCCACUAGCCCCCAGGAAACUGGCAAGGAGAGGAGAAAAGUUGGAGGGGAGAGUGGAGAGUUCUGGAAGUAAAUGGGCUUAAUAGUUCAUCUCUCUUCACUUAUCUUGGGCUGCCUUUUUCUCUUUGUUUGUCCUGACCCAGUUUGAAGACCAGUCUUAAGAUAGCACAUAUAACUUCCUUCUUUGCAGUGGAAAAGAGGAAGAGAAAAGCUUCUCCUAAGGUGCUAUGUUCCUUUAUUAGUUAAUACAAGAAAUUAGUGACUCUGUAGGUCUACUGGGAAAUCUCUAGUUGUUUUAAGAAAACUCAUGGUUGGCUGGUUAGCUCAUUUGAUUAGAGUGGGGUGUUACAACACCAAGGUCAAGGGUUUGGAUCCCCAUACUGACCAGCCAAUGACAACUAAAAAAGAAAACCCAGUAUCUGUAAAUCAAAAAUUAACAUGUUAGGGAAAAGACAGGGCUAUCAUAUUAGCAUCUGCAGAAGUGCCAGGGCCUUUGCUAGAUACUUAAUACAAAUUAUUUAAUUGUCAUAACUGUAAGAUAGCAAUUAAUACCUAUUUUACAGAUGAUACUGAAGCUAGGGAGCUUCAAUGAUGUGUUUAAGAUGGACUCAAGGUCCAUUUGUGCUAGGAUUAUCUGGGUUGCAUCUUAAAAAAUGCAAGUCUAAAACAGGGAUUAGGAAUCUGUAUGCUUCGUUGGUCAUUCUUAGGCUCAAAGAAGUUUCAUAAUCACUUAUGGGAUACAGAUUCAUAUUUAGCCCUUGGGUACCUUUAAGAAGCAGGUACAUUAUCACAUAUAUACUGCUUUAGAGAUCGCUAUCUGAUGGGAAGCCAAGUUCACCAAUAAAGCCCUUAAUUACUGAGGAUCAAAAGAUCAAAAUACCUCUGGACAUUGUGGUUUUACGAAAAUCACACUGAGUUAUACCUGUGAUAGGCUUGACAUCCUUCCCUC